CCAAAAUGGGGAAAUCAAACAAAAAGAGAAGACAAGUCAAAAGGCUAGAAGCAACUGAGUUGUUUCCUCUUCUUUCUCCCACUCAAUCCAUCCAUCCGUCGCUCUCUCCUUCCUUCUCCACUCUCUCUGACUCUCAAAGUAACUAAAAAGAUUUGAGCUCAAUCAAUCAAUCUUAUCUCUUCCUCGGAUCCACUUGGAGUUUCAGGUACUUACCAAUCUGAUCUCAGUUGUUUAUUCUCCAGCCUCCUGCAACAACGAAAGCACUUGUCUUUCAAUCUCCCGCUCUGCUUUCCAAAGACCAGAUUAUUUCUCAGAUCAAAGUACGCUUCUCUGUUUCUGCUGCUGCAGGGAGUUUUAUUGGGAAGGCGCUUUUCCUCAAAAGUCAAAAAGCAACCUUUGGGCUGAUUUCGUCCCUCACUGUCCAUGUUUCUUGGAAUCUUCUCCAAAACCAUGGAAGACAAAUCAAAUUCGAGCAGGAACAGAACCAACAACACUCCACCUCCUCCACAGAUCCGAACCGACAUAGGCUCCUUAUACUCUGCAGAUCUUUCUGCUUACAAGUCAGCUUGUAGAGAAGAUCCAGAUUUACAAUCCUUCGACUCCUCCCUUCAUCAACGCACCAACCGAGUCAUCAACUCCCUCGCCUCUGGUGCCGAAACUCGGUCUUUGUCCUUUGACGCCCUCAUUGAAGUCUCAGGGUGUCUUCUCGAAAUGAACCAUGAGGUCGUUAGGUUUAUCAUCGAGAGCAAAGAAGAUGCGUGGGACAACAAAGACCUGACAUGUUUGGUGAAUGCGUAUUUCGACAGUAGCAUCAAGACCUUAGACUUCUGCAAUGCUGUUGAUAAUUCUGUCAAACGCGCCAGGGUUGGCCAAAUGCUUUUACAGUUUGCGAUCAAGCAAUUCGAGAUGGAGUCAUCAGGUAACAACACAUCCGUGGAACCGGGUACUAACAAGUACGCCAACACUUUGGAAGAGCUCAACAAGUUCAAGGCUUCUGGUGAUCCGUUUGAUGGAGAUUUCUUCAUGCUGUUUGAGUCUGUUUACGAGCAGCAGGUCAUGCUCUUGGACAUCCUUCAUAAGCAAAAGAGGAAGCUUGAUAGGAAGCUUAAGAACAUCAAGCACUGGAAGAAAAUCUCCAAUGUGGUUUUCGUAACCGCCUUUGUCUCUGUUUUGAUCUUCUCUGUGGUUGCAGCCGCUGUUGCUGCACCGCCUGUUGUGACUGCGGUUGCAGCUGCCUUGGCGGUUCCAAUUGGGUCAAUAGGGAAAUGGUGUAAUCAUCUCUGGAAGAAGUAUGAAACGGCUGUGAAAGGACAGAAAGAUAUUGUUUUGUCAAUGAGGAUUGGUGCUUAUGUUACCAUGAAAGACAUGGAUAACAUUCGACUGCAUAUUGAUAAGUUGAAGAUUGAGAUGGAAUCCAUGAUGCAAAGAGUUGACUUUGCACUCAAGGAGAAAGAUGAAGAGGUAGCUGUGAGGCUUUCAAUGCACGAGAUCAGCAAGAAGUUUGAUGUUUUCACAGAGAGAAUCGAAGAAGUUGGUGAAAACGCAUCUAAGUGUAGCAAAAAUAUCACACUGGCGAGAACAAUCGUUCUAAGACACAUUCUUAGCUUCCCCUCAGCUUCAGAUUCAGAGCAAGGGAACUUGAUUGAGGCAAUCACGUUGUGAGAGGUAGACUGUAUAAAUAAAGCCAUGGUUUUGAAAAGAGGUUCUGUGGUAUGUAAACGUCACAUAACGCUUUAUAUAAUGUUAUGUGUAGCAGCACCUCUUGUAUACACCCCUGUACUGUAUCGGUUUAGCACAACAUAAUGUAUACUCAAUUGGAAAUAAAAAAAUUUUAAGUCGAUAUUGACAUUUGCUAAUGAA